AUGUUAUCCACCCACCUAUUUCGUCAACGAAAUAUCAUCAUGACAGUUAAUCAAGUCUCCAAAAAACUAUCUUUCGAAGAUAUUCACAACGACUAUGACUUUGUGCAGUUCUCAGAAAGCUUGAAAACUAUGGAAAAACCACCGUAUAUCAUUUUUUACGACUCGAGUAACCUGGACAUUUUUCUCAAUCACAUUUGUAAUCUGGAAUUUAUUCCCAACGCGUUGUCCCGUCUUGUUGCGAUCUCAUUCGACACGAAUGCGCAUAUGAUUCUCCAGGAGAAAUACCCGAAAGUUCCAAGUGUUGUGAUAGAUUUGGAUCCGAUUAAGGACACCCUAGAAGAAACCUAUGAAAACCGUCGCUACAUCAUCUACCAACUCGUCCUCCUAACCCGUACUCGAAUCUGCGCAUCACUAGCUAUUCGGGGAAUAAGUUUUUGGGCAAUGCAACAGGAUUCCCUCUGGAUUGAGAACUUUGAUUCGAUGCAGGUGGAGGAUAGGUACCCGAAUGAGUACAUGCUUUUCGAUACAGUUGGAAAUGAGCAACUGCCCGAAUACGACCGAAUGCACGGUUGGAUUUGUGGAUCCACGUUUUUUGUACGUGGCAAUCCAACGACUCAUCAGUUUUUUAUGCAGAUCGACUCCUUCAUGAGAUCCCACCAAAGCCCGGAUUCAUCAAUUAUGACUUAUUUAUGUGGUCACCGGAAUUAUAGAUGUCAUCGGUUGCCUAGGUGGAUAAUCUCCUCUUCCGACUACUUCCGUGGCACCCGUGACAACACUCCAGUCAUGAUUCAAGUGGAUUCUGACCAAAAGGACGAAACAAAGAUGGAACUGUUCCAAAGGGCCAAUUUCAUAUUCCGACAUGAUAAUGGGACAUGUGACAGAAGGGCGGUACAUAAGUUGAGAGACGCCGUACGACUGGCAUUCCCGGAAAAGCUGAAAUUACUUGGACAGAACACGUAUGCAGAGAGUAUAUUCACUCGGUUACACUACACUUAUAAACAUAUCUUUAAUGUGGAUCGAUAUAAUAACAAAGUGUUCCUUACUGUUCAUUAUACGCUGAUCUAG